AUGAAUUCUCGACGGUAUCGUCUCGCUACUCCGUCUGUCAGCAACAUACCUGGUGGAUCUAACGUUAUGGUGACGUAUUGCCCGAGUUUAUCUAAAACAUCUUCAAUUCAAUGUCGAUCACCACUGACAACUGACGACGUUACAAAAAAUAGAAAAAAAUUAUUGCCUAAUGCAAAAUUACUUAAAAGAACAUUUUCGUCUGUUCUACCUCCUCGAUGGUGGCUUGUUCUACCCUGCUUAGUUUUUAUGACACUAGCAACUUCAUCUACUUCUUUACUGAAGAAUGAUUUACUAAGCGCUUGUCGCCUUUCAUCAGCGACUACUCCAACUAAUUACUAUUGGCUUGAUUCACAAUACAAUCCACAACUACCACAAUCAUCAUAUCAAUCGCCACCACAACAGAAUAGUGAUUAUAAUCUUGUGCAGAGUGCCGUUGCUCAAUUUAACACAAAAAAAUCACUGGUAACAUUCAUUCCCUCAUUGAUCUCAUUUGUUUUAUUGGGAGCGAGUUGUGAUACCAUGGGGAGUCGACCAAUGCUACUGUUACCGUUUCUUGGCAAAAUAGUUGAAUCUACACUGAUGUUAGUGGUUGUAACUCGUAAUUUAUCCGACGCAUGGAUUCUAGCUGCUCAUGGCCGGGAAGCCAUGUUUGGUUCUGCUGGUUUGAUAAUGUUGAGUGGAUUUGCUUACAUCACUGACUGUUCACCUGAAGAAAAAAGAACACGAGCUUUCUUACUUGCAGAAUUAGUUCUUAUUGUUGCACGGAUUGGACCUACGCUUGCUCUUGGUCUAUGGCUGAAUAAAUAUUCAUAUUCGUACGUUGUGCCCAUAAGUAUCUCUCUGGGAUUAAGUGUCAUUGGCCAAUUUUAUGCACUAUUCAUCCAACCUGAGUCUGUGCAAAGCGUGUAA